UCCCGUCCCAGUCGCCUGUCGGUGUUAGUCCGGGGAGGUCAUGGUCGCGCGCCCGUCUCCGCUGCUGGCCGCCGCCGCCGUUCUGGCGGUGCUCGGCGCCGCUGCUGCCGUGGUAGUGGCGCGGCGGCGACAGCGACGCUCCUGGACACCCAUUGGCACCGUCGGGGCGCUCACCCUGUACCCGCUGAAGUCUGGCGCCGGCCAGCCGCUGCAGCGGGGCCGGGUCACCCUGCUAGGUCUGCAGACAGCGGACGGCGCCCUCGACCGCAGCCUGGCCGUGGUGUGUGGUGGCAAGGUGAUGGACGCUGGCACGCGCCGACGUCUGGUGCUCAUCUCAGCGGAGAUAUGUGCUGGCGAGGUGACGCUGUCGGCGCCAGAGGUUAAGUCGCUGACCGUGCCGCUGCCGAAGGAGGGUGAGGCGACCAUGAUGGAAGUCGACCUGAAUGGCCACCCCGACUCGGGUGCCGACCUCGGCCCCGAGGCCGCGCAGUGGCUCCAGGAGUUCUUCGCCGACGGCAAAUCCUACUCGCUGAUGUACUUCCUACCCGGAGCGGUCACCCCGCGACGCACCUCUCAGCUUCCCCGGCCGUACGUCCACCUCGCCGACCCCGAGGACGCCGUCACAUACAACUUCGUCACGCCCCUGUCGGUGAUCUGCGACGCCUCCAUCGACGAGCUCAACCGGCGCCUGGCCAGUCCGGUCACCGUCCACCAGUUCCGACACAACAUCGUCGUCGGCGGCGCGGCGCCGUUCGAUGACGACGACUGGCGUCUGGUGCGUGUGGGCGGCGCGCAGCUGCGCCGGGUGAAGCCCGUGCACCGCUGCGGCAUCACGCUGGUCGACCCGAGCACCGGCGAGCGCAGUGACGCCAUGGAGCCGCUGCGCACACUGAGGACGUUCCGGCUGGCGCGCACUGCCGAGGAGCGGCGUCUGUACAAGGAGGCGCCGCUGCUGGGCAGCGCGCUGGCCGUGGACCAGGAGGGCGAGGUGGCCGUGGGCGACACGGUGUAUGUCACCAGGGACUGAGGGCCGCCCUGAGGCACAGAUCAUAUGUCAUACGUCAUCAGGUGUAUGCCAUCAGGAACUGAGGGAUUGACAGGACACAGUGAACUUUACCUAGGGAACAGGGCUAAAGGGCGGCGUAGGACGAGGUAACGAGGGACUCUCUUCGAGGGACGAGGUUAGGAUAGGAGUCUUGUCUUGGGUUUAGAGCGAAAGGACAUAACUAAAACAUUAAAUAAAAGAGCAUAUACUGGCCCGCAAUUAAGGACGAUGACGAAAUGAAAGUAUAAAACUCAAAUCAGAUACAAGUGACAAACAGAUGAUGGCAGGUCAGAUGACCAAUGUUAAAUGCCCAAAACCGACCUGUUAGGAAGGCCCGAGCGGUCAGACCCAACCCAAAGGCCGAAGCAUGCUCCCAAAGCACGCUGCAUGACCAGAACAACAUCCAUCAACGAACAUGCCUAGCAGUCCAGUCCAUUGACAACAGGAACUUAAUCUUAGGAAGACUAGUUUAACAACGUGUAACUGAAUAAUGAACAUGACGAAUCGCCUCCCGACCUCCUAAUACAAGAUCCUUUUUA